AUGCCUGAUCAAGACGAUUACAAUUUCCCAUUCGCUGCUCAGCCGGACAUCAUCCGCGCAAACCAGAAAGAUGCCUACUUCCAGGGUAUGCUUCACGAGCAGUUCUCCUCCCUCGUCCAGAACAUCCUCGGCGCAAGAUGGCUCCACCACAACUCCCGCGAACUCAAACUCUUCUCCGAGAUCCUCUACCUCUCUCUCACAACCCUAGCCGGUAUCCGAACACUAGGGGAGGAAUACACAGAUAUGCUAUACGCGGACAGUAAGAACAGGUCGAGACCUACCUUAAAGCGACGAGCGGCAUUCGUGUUUUCCAGCACUUUACUUCCGUACAUCCUCGUCAAGUCAUGGCCGAAGAUCCGGGAACGACUAAAGAAGACAUGGAUCGCACGGUCAUUGACGCCUCGUGAGCAAUCGCAACCUUCGACACGCCUGGGGCAAGUGCGUAAUACUGCCCUGCGCACGCUAAACGCCGCUCUCUCCCUUGAGAACCUGUAUGCGGUACACCUAGCCGUCUUCUACUUCAGUGGAGCAUACUACAGUCUUUCGAAACGACUAUGGAAUCUGCGAUAUAUAUUCACUCGAAAGCUACAGCCACAUGAACAGCGUGCAGGCUAUGAGGUGCUGGGAGCCCUCCUCAUGGUCCAGCUCGCCGCACGAGGGUACCUCUACCUCUCUUCCUCCUCGGAGUCCUCCUCCAUCAGUACCUCAGCUCCCUCCCUCACGUCCGACGAAAAACAACUUCCCACUCCCACCACCACAACAUCACUCGAUGAUCCAACCUCCCUCGCCUUCAUCCCUCCUCAAUCCCGCACCUGCACCCUUUGCCUCUCCCCCAUGACUGACCCCACUAGCACACCCUGCGGCCACCUCUUCUGUUGGGAAUGUAUCCAGGACUGGGUGCGGGAGAAGCCUGAAUGCCCGUUGUGUCGGCAGGGGGUCAGGAUGUCUGAAGCGGUUCCAUUACGAGGAUAA